GCAGAGGAGUUACCAGAAUGAGCUCCGUGAGGAAAGGAAAAGGCAAAAAAGGAGGAAAAGAGAAGAAAACGGUGGUGGCAGAUGAAGAAAAAUACAGGAAGAGAACACUGGAGGUUGAGACCCUGAAACAGCACCUUGUUCUCCGGAGGGAUGUCGCCAGGCACGCGAUGGCCGACAGUGAAGGACUCAAGCAGAGGCUGGUGGAGCUGGAGAAAGAACUGGAGGAGGCCCGGGGUGACAAACAAGACAUUUACGAAGAGAUGAUCCGGCAAUUUCAGCAACUUCAGCGCCAGACUGAUACUCGGAUACAACGCUUAGAAGCAGAGACACAGAGCCUGCAGGAACAACUGGCUGCUUGCCAAGAGGAUGUGCGCCAGAGCCGAGCAGAAAAGGAAAAGAUGCAGGAAGAGAAGGAAGAAGCGAUUGCUAGGAUGCAACGCAAGAUUGAUGGGAUGGAAACUGAAUAUGAAAAAAUCCUGCACGGGAGCUUAGACCUUCUGCUGUCCAAGCUGGAGGCUGCCAAACUUGGCUGGGAGGAAGAGGCAACGGCCCUCCACCUGGAGUAUAAGGACCGGCUGAAGGAGUUUGGACUCAACCCACUGGAGAUCUGAAGGGGCGUUUGCCAGAGCGUAUCGUUCCACACGGUUUAGCAUUGCCACUUGAACUUUGCUCAGCCUCAGGACCGCGCAAAGUGAUAACAAAGGGUGUUAGUUUCAGGGCUAUUUUUGGGCAGGAACGCACAGGAACGGAGUUCCGGCUGGCUCC